AUGUGCGCAGAGAAGGAUGGUGACGGAGAUGGCCCGCCACACAUGCUGAUUGUCGGUGCAGGCCGAAUGACGAGUUUCUGGGCAGAUGUGGCAGGGGAGCGCGUGGUCGCAGACGUCGGGGCUCAGGUCAUUUCUCUGCGAGAUCCACAACGACUGCCCGAAUGGAUGGAGCCCUAUGUGAUGGCAGCCGACGGCCUCGGCCUCUCAGCCACGGAGGAAAGGGAGCCUUCUUGGUAUCAUUUCUGUGCACCCGGUGGUCUUCCGAGCUUACAGCGGGCUUCGCUGCAAGAAGCUCAGCCUGACGAACUGUGCUUUAACCGCCGGGUUGUUGAACUUACGGCUUCAGGCGGUGAGUGGCAGGCGGGUUUUGCUGGAGAGCGGGGCGGGCGGCGGCCAGUUGGGUCGCAAGCAUUCUCCGUCGUGAUCUUCGCGGGUACUGCAUCCGACGCAGGCAAUUUGGAGGGUCUCCGGUCUGCACUGUCCCCGCACCAGCUGCGCGCACUGAAUGGGGUCAGAUAUGACCACCGUCUCUGCUUGGCAUUGAUCUUGAAGCCGCAGAUGGCUGAGCAUCUGGAGGCUCUCUGCCAAGGGAGGGCCGAACUGCUCCUCGAGGGCGUGCUGCCCGUGCGCUUGGUGGCGCGGCAGGAGGUCAAAGGACGCGACGGACCCAAAGGCGGCUGUGCCGUGGUCCUCCACAGCACCCCGACCUUCGCCGCCGAAAACCUGCAGCAGGCCAAGAGGCAGAACACAUCGCCAGCAGUGCUGGGAAGGCAAGCCUUGAGCAAGUGCUUGGCCGAGCUGUUGAACAUGGCCCUACCGAAGCUUGAGGCAUCCGUUUUGGAGAGCAAGGUUGUGCACUGGCGGCAAUGCCAAGUGCGGAAACCCCUGGUCUUGGACGCGCGGUCUGAGGCCUGCCUCGUGGCUGAGGGUGCACCGAGCCUGAUCCUUGCUGGCGAUUAUCUGGCCGGCGACACCGCUGGGUCUUUUGAGGGGUGCCUCGACUCCGCAGAGGCCGCUGCAGCGGCCGCCCUGGAGGCGUUGCCUUUCCAGGCUGAGACGCGGAAGCCGCCAGGCGUCAGUUCUGGGCUCUCGCGGCCCGGUGGUGGGCCCAGCAGGCGCUGGGGCUAUCGCGAGGAGGCAAAAGCGGCAUCGGGGAGGCGCUGGCGGGCCAAAACAAGUGACAGCACCACGUAA